CCCGCCCCGCCGGGAGGCAGGCGCUAGGGGCAGCGCGACGCCCUCGGCCCGGGGGCCGCGGUCUUUCGCCCUCCCCUCGGGCUCCCCUCCCACCCUGCACCCCGCGGGGAGGAUGCAGAGGCAGCGGGGCCGCGCAGCACCCAGGGGCGCGGAGGCGGCGGCGGCGGGGACAUGAUCCCAGAGGGCGGCCGGGCGCUGGGGCCGCUCCUGCUGUUGCUGCCGGCGCUGCUGCAGUGCGCGGGGCGGCGGCGGGCAAUUGUGAACAGAUCUGUUCCAGAUGUCUGUGCAACUUGCCACAUUCAUGCUACAUGUCAUCAAAUUGAAGGAAAAAGCGUCUGCAUCUGUAACUAUGGAUUUGUAGGCAAUGGAAGAACCCAUUGUCAAGAUAAAGAUGAAUGUCAGAUUGGAGCCAGCAAGAUUUGUGGAAAUCAUACAUUGUGUCAUAAUACCCACGGAAGUUUUUACUGUGUUUGCCUUGAUGGAUACCGAGCCUCCAACAACAACAAGACGUUUAUUCCCAAUGAUGGCACAAACUGUACAGAUAUCGAUGAAUGUGAGGAGUCUGGGUUGUGUGGUCAAAAUGCAAGAUGCGUGAAUACUGAAGGAAGCUACAAAUGUUACUGCAAUGAUGGUUAUAAAUUAGAAAAUGGAGGGCAUUCUUUUCAUCCCGAUGGGAACAUAGUUUCAUGCAAAGAAAUUGGAUGUGGUUCCCCUCCUGAAGUGAAGCAUGGCUACAUUGUGGGGAACUACAGCUUGCUAGCAGGAAGUGCGGUUCAUUAUGAGUGUGAAGAAGGGUUUUACAGCAACGAGGGAAAGUUCUCAUAUUGCACUGCAAAUGAAACUUGGGAACCUGCCACUUUAAGCUGCAAAGGUGUGGAUUGUGGGGUUCCACCUUCUGUUUUAAAUGCACAUCCAGCAUCUGUAAGUGGGACCACAUAUGGAAGUGAAGUUACUUACAAUUGUGUUCAUGGUUACUUUAUUGCAAGUGGCAAUCAGACUGCAGUCUGCAAUGCCAGAGGACAGUGGGAUGGUACUGAUUUGGUGUGCAAAGAAAUAGACUGUGGCAAACCUUUGCUGAUUCCACACACAGAAAUGAUCUGGGACAACUCUACCACUCUAUGGAGCAGAGUGUACUAUCAGUGUAAAGAAGGAUAUUAUUUUAAUGGAGACAGGAAUUUUUCAGAAUGCACAAUGGAUCAGUCGUGGGAGAAUAUUACAUACAUAUGCAAAGAAGAGGAAUUAUUCAGUAAUCUGUCCAUAUUCAAUGAAACAUGUGUGAAGUGGCAAAGGAAAACUGGAAGACUGGGAAUGAGGGAAACGUACACAGUAAGUGGGGCAGCAUUUGAGAUUGGGAGUAGCUUGUCCUGGUUAAUUCUGUUUCACAUACUGGGCCAAAGAUGGGAUGAGAAGACGUUCUCAGAAGAUGCAAUAUUUAACAUCACUACAAGUGAAGAUAAUCCAAAGGUGUGUUUAGAUCUCAACUCUGGCAGUAACUACGUGGUGAAUAUUACUACCAUCUCUUCCACAAACAUCACUGUCUCAGUGACAGUAGCAGUUCAAAUAAAGGUAAAGGAAGCUUUCAAUAAUGUAUUAAUUUUUAAUGAUACCUGCUUGAAAUGGCGGAGAAAUUUCAGGGGAACUGGUGUCGAAGACAGAUACUCAUUUCACGUGCAAGGCCAUCGUUGGUAUCAGAAGGAGUUCUUUCAUGAAAUGACCUUCAACCUUACCACACACAAGCAGGCUCCAGAAGUUUGUUUUGAUUUGCAGCCAGGCACCAAUUACUCUAUUAAUAUUUCAAUGGUAGCUUUGAAUUUUUCACUGCUCGUUACCAUGACAACACAAAUCACAGAUCCCCCUUUCCCAGAUGUAGAAUUUGUUUCAGUAAAAGGUUCUGCACCUUUGCUCAGACUCCGGAAAGCAGAAGAUCGAAAUGGACCGAUCAGUCUUUAUCAAGUGAUUGUGCUUCCUCUGGGUUUGCAAAGCACUUUUAUGUGUGACUCCUUUGCUGCUGCAACUUUCUUUAGUAACACCGCCGAUGUUAAAGGAUAUGUGGCAGCUGAAUUUCGGGCGAUGGAUGUUGCUGAUAACAUGUCAAUUGCUCUUGGAGACAGACAUUACUAUGGGAAGUUUUAUAAUGCUCCUUUAAACCUGGGAGAAGAGUAUUGUGUUUUUUUGAGAGUAAUAAGUGAGUGGAAUAAGGUGAGAACACAGUCCUGUGCUGUUUGGGCACAAAUUAGAAAUUUAUCACCCACUCUGCAAUACAUGACUGCUGUUGGAUUAGCGUCAGUUGCUGCUGUCUGCCUUAUACUGUUCCUGUCAUUCUCAGCAGCACGCUCUUCUCUCCACAGCACAGUGCACUCCCCGCCUGCUGCUUUAGCCUGCGAGGCUGUACGUUUAUCUGCUCCAGUGGAUGUGGCACAAACAGGGAUUACAUCAUCAUUCCUAGAGACUGAAAAUGUCUCUCUUCUCUGAUGUGUUACCCCCUAAAGUCAGCAUAGAGAAAAUGCACUCUUCUUACCAAAGCCAGCAUCUGUCGGGUAUGGACGUACAUGCACAGCAUGUAUGUACUAUAGCAUGGGCAGUUGAAACGUGUUUGUUACUGGAAGUGAGAUGCUUAUUGUCUCCCCUUGUUUCCAGAUGGUGGUAUAUGUAAAGGAGAAUCUUCCCUCACAAACAGGUUUGUGUCAGAGACAUUAGCAUGCAUCCCAUGUGUUGGCCACAGGCUUUCAGCUAUUCCAGCCACAUGAAUGCCUGAUAAUGAGUGUCUGUAUUGUACUUUAUUGCAUGAAUAAUCCCUGGAUGCAGUUGAGACUGUCUGAGGAUCAACUGCUAUUUUGGAUACCUUAGGACACAAACUGGCCCAUUAUGAGAGAAAAUACAGAUCAACCCUUAUAUCAGAUAAAAUGCCUAUUGUAUUUCCAAAUAUAAAGGUAGAAGACUUUCAUCGGUCACUUACGGGUAAUGGUACUUCAAUAACAAGUACAGAGUUGUUAGCCAUAAAAUUGUCACAUUUAAAUAGUGUCAGCAACAGAGGUGUUCCAGAGGUACUGCAAUCAUUGCUCAUAGCAAUUAGCAAUAAUUGCAGAUAAUAUACCAAUCUAUAAAACUGCAGUUUGCCAAAAAGCCGAGUAGCUUUAAUGGCAUGUGAAACUAAUUCAAAUAAGGAGCUACCUGUGUUCAGUGCAGUUUUGUUAAUCUCUGAUCUAUAAUUACAGCUGAGUAAAGCCAUUAAAUCAUUAUCUGAUUAAUGAGCUGGUGUGUACCAUCUGGUUAGAGUUACUUAAUAAAGUACAAUUAGCCAAUUUCCUAUGGCAUACACCCAGUUAAUAUUUUUUCCUUCUGUAAAAAAGAAUCAAGUGCUUGUGAUUACUUCCGCUCCUGUUCAGAAGUUGCUUUGAGAUAUAUUAGCAAAAUCAUUCUGUUAACUGGUGAAAUAAAGAAGUAAGAAUUUUGGUUUUUACUCAA